AGCCAACCGAUAAGAUAUAGAUUUGUUUGGUAUUGAGUUAGCAAUUAUCGGGUGGUGUAUUGGUUAAUCAACAAGCUCUACCUUGAGCUCUUCGGAUAUUAAGAAUUAAAAAAUUAUUAGAUCUUCGGCUUCCUUCAGCCCCAACUUAGGCAUCUAGUUAAAGAAUUGCUAGCAAAACGAAAAGUGCUAUUUAUGCGCAACAGAGAGAGACAUAUGCGUACUUAAUUCAUGUGAUAUUAAACUAAAAACCGUCAAAAAUACAACAACAUACCCAGUGAAAUCCACAACGUGGGCACAAUCAUAAAAGAUAGCAAUAGAUUUAAUAACAAAUGCAUAAAAGUAUUAUUCUACUUACAAUGUUAAUGAACUUAAGUUAACAUUUAUGAUAAUGUAUAAUAAAAUCUAAGUUAUACUAGUAAAACACACCUACGAAAAAAAUAAAAUACUAUAUAUAAUGUAAAAAAGUAUUACGUAGAUGGGGAAUAAAAUAGUCAAGGACAAAAUAAACAUUGCAUAUAGGAGGGGGAAAUAAUAAUAAUUAAAAUAAAUAAAUAUUGGAGGACGUGGUUUGAGGGGAUUGUCAAUUGUUCAAAAAAAUUACCCUUUCUGUUUCUUUCCUUAAGUUGAUAGUGAAAGUAUAAAUAUGAUUAUUUUUUUAGUGCCAGCUAGUCUAAUCCAUAUUUACUGGGAGAAGUAAUGUCUUCCUAGUAUGCUGAGGUUUAAAUUUCUGGUUGGUUUAGGAAUAGAUUUAAUGUCUUUCAGUAGUUAUACCUGCUAAGCAAGACCAUAUAUAUAUAUAUAUACACACACUCUUCUAUAUAUUUUGAUAAAUACUAACCAAGACCAUAUUUAUCGCCAUAUAUAAUGCCUUCCUAGUCUGACAAGGUUUCAGUUUCUGCUUGGGUUAGGAAUCUAUCAGAGGGUUUGCUUCCAUUAAAAGGGGAGAUGACAAAGCACAUGCAUACGCAAGUCACAAAGAAGAUGAAUAAAAUUACUAUCAAGAAAGAAAUCCCUUCUGACAUCUUGAAAGAGAAGAAGAUGAUUAAAAUUACUAUCAAGAGAGAAAUCCCUUCUGACAUCUCGAAAAGGAAGAAGAUGAAGAAGAUUACCAGGUGCAGUUCAGUAAACGCUAAAGAAAUUCAUGCUGAUAUUGCGUUCGAAGUGCUAACUCGGCUACCCAUCAAGGCCUUGGACAGAUUUAAGUGUGUAUCGACAUCUUGGUCUUCAAUGAUCCGUCAACCUGAAUUCAUGAAAGCUCAUAGGCCUUGCGGUGGUAUACUCAUCCAUCUUUUGCCCGACUAUUCUCGCUUGAAGGGCCUCUAUUACGCGUCCCUAAAUGGGAAGAAUGAAGUGUUCGUUCAUCGAGUGCGUUUGCCUUAUUUUGGUUAUAAGGAUAUUACUCCCGUUAUAAAUGGCCUUGCUUGCCUUCACACGGGUCAUCAAGUUUCACUUUUUAAUAUAUCUACUCUUGAACUUAUGGAGCUUCCCUCCUCAAGUUUACGCGGUGAAGGGCUUAGUGUUUGGUAUGCUCUCGGUUUUGAUACUGUGGAUAAUCUGUACAAAUUGCUUAAAGUGAGUAGUACAGUUGCCAAUCGACUAGUCUACGAGAUCCUCACUCUUGAGACAAGUUCAAUAUCGGCAUGGAGAUGGAGAGAGAUCGCUCAGGAAGGUUUGCCUUGGUUUUCCACUGUUACUGAUCAAAGUUACUUUGUGAAUGGUAUAAUCUAUUGCAAGUUUAGAACUCCGAACUUCCACGAUAAUGGGAAAGAAUAUCUUCUCGCCUUUGAUGUCCACCAAGAGCAUUUCACAAUUUUCAACCUGCCACGCGUGCCCUCACAUAUACUCUCAAUAUUUGAGCAAAGUUUCAGUGUAUUUGGUCAAUUUGAAGGGUGCCUAGCCGUAGCACGUUUUAAGAAGACACAGUUUGAGACGGUUUUGGAACUUUGGGCGUUAGAAGAUCAUCAAAACUCCAUAUGGAGCAAGCACAAUAUAGACUUGCCUGAUGAGCUCCUUAGAUGCUUUUAUAAGGUCAAGCCUAUUGGGAAUCUUUCUUCCGGUGAGUUAUUGCUUUGCGGUUCAAGUGACUCGCACCAAAAGAACCCGUUUUAUGUUUAUGAUCCCGUCAACAAGAAAUUUACAAAAUUGAUGGUUGAGCUUCCCAACUCACUAUGCUCGAUGGGACUAUGUAGUAAUCACAUAACUUGUCUUAUGGAGAAGAUAACCCCACUGAAUGAUUUAGUCGGGUUGAGAAAGAAUGUUUAAUUUUUACUUAUUGUGGAGAUGUCUGAUGGCUUUAUACACUGAAGUCUAAUGUUCUUUCGUAUCUUU